AUGAAUGGAGUAACAUGCACUUCCGAAACUGAUAAAGCUACCGCACUUGGCAAUUUUUUUGCCAGUGUCUUCACCAAAGAUGCUGACCAUUGCCGUUGCAAUGACUUCUACUUUACUCCCAAUGAGAUUUUUAGCGUUCUGAAGAGAUUGAAACCCUCUACCAGUGAACCGUACGAUGGAAUACCUCCUAUAGUUUAUAAGAAAUGCGCUCGCUCGCUUUCGCGACCGCUUGCUCAUUUAUUUAACGCAUCAUUCAUGCUGGGCGAGGCAUAUGCUACCCUUUUCGCAGUUUUUCGUAAUACCUAUACCACUGAUGUAACCACUCUGGUACGCCUUUACAAGACAUAUGUACUGCCGCAUCUUGAGUAUUGUUCUCAGAUUUGGAAUCCCACACGUAAAAAGCAAAUCAUCAAGCUAGAAAAGGUACAGAAGUUGUUUACAAGGCUGCUGUUCCAUCGUGCUUUCCAAUGUCACAACUCAAUGCCAAGUUAUAACGAACGUUUAAAACAAUUAAAAGACGCUCAAAGACAGAUGGACAGUUGCGGACCUUGUUUUUUGUUUUCGCAUUCUACGCAUGAAAACUAA